AUACCUGAAGGAAUUCCGCACAGAGCAGUGCCCCCUGUUUGUGCAGCACAAGUGUACUCAGCACAGGCCCUACACAUGCUUCCACUGGCACUUUGUUAAUCAGCGUCGUCGCCGAUCUAUCCGCCGUCGGGAUGGCACCUUUAACUACAGUCCUGACAUUUACUGCACCAAAUAUGAUGAGACCACAGGGAUCUGUCCUGAAGGAGAUGAGUGUCCAUUCCUGCAUAGAACUACCGGUGAUACAGAGCGGAGAUAUCACCUGCGCUACUACAAAACUGGAAUCUGCAUCCAUGAGACUGAUUCAAAAGGAAAUUGCACCAAGAAUGGCCUUCAUUGUGCUUUUGCUCAUGGGCCGCAUGACCUACGUUCUCCAGUUUAUGAUAUCAGGGAGCUUCAGGCCAUGGAAGCUUUGCAGAAUGGUCAGACCACAUCAGAGAGUGGCAUAGAAGGUCAAUCUGCAGUUGCUGCUAGCCAUGCUAUGAUAGAAAAAAUACUCAGUGAAGAGCCAAGGUGGCAAGACACAACUUAUGUUUUGGGAAAUUACAAAACAGAACAGUGUAAGAAGCCCCCACGCCUCUGUCGCCAAGGCUAUGCCUGCCCUUACUACCAUAAUAGCAAAGAUAGAAGAAGGAGCCCUCGAAAACACAAGUAUAGGUCCUCCCCAUGCCCUAGUGUGAAACAUGGAGAUGAGUGGGGAGAUCCUAGUAAGUGUGAUAAUGGAGAUGCAUGCCAGUACUGCCACACCCGCACAGAGCAACAAUUUCACCCAGAGAUCUACAAAUCAACAAAAUGUAAUGACAUGCAGCAGUCUGGCAGCUGUCCCAGAGGACCCUUCUGUGCUUUUGCACAUGUAGAACAACCUCCGCUUAGUGAAGAUUUACAGCCAACGUCGGCUGUCUCCAGCCCAACGCAAACUGGCCCUGUCAUGUAUAUGCCCUCAGCAGCGGGUGAUUCUGUUCCUGUCAGCCCUUCUAGUCCACAAGCCCCAGACCUUAGCAAUGUAUGGAAUAAACCAGGAACUCUACCAACUAGCCCUACUUCUGCUACAAUUCUCUGUAGGAAUAGCAGUCUUGGAAGCCCAUCUAAUUUAUGUGGAUCCCCUCCUGGUGCAAUUGGAAAACCCCAUAGUUUGGAAAGCAUUGGUUUUCCCACAGAUUCAGUAUCUACUGCCAGCAGCUAUAAGAAGGCACCUGGAUUUGAGCGGGAAGACCUGGUUGGAGCAGAGUAUCUAAAAAAUUUUAAAUGUCAGCAGGCAAAAAUCAAAUCCCAUUCCAUGGAACAUAGAACCCAAGAACAACCUCUGUUACAACCCAAGCAGGAUAUAUUAGGAAUUCUUCCUGUUGGCAGCCCACUGACAUCUAGCAUCUCCUCUAGCAUUACUUCUAGUUUGGCAGCAACACCACCAAGCCCAGCAGGCACCAGCAGUGUACCAGGCAUGAAUGCCAAUGCCCUUCCUUUCUACCCAACCAGUGACACUGUGGAGUCCGUGAUAGAGUCUGCCUUGGAUGACCUGGACCUGAACGAAUUCGGAGUGGCUGCCCUGGAGAAGACAUUUGACAGCAGCUCGGUGCCCCACACGAGUGGCAUCAUGAUAGGUGGGAGUUUGCUGCAAAGUUCUGCUCCUGUAAAUAUCCCUGGGUCCCUUGGAAGUUCUGCCUCCUUUCACUCUGCCUCUCCUUCUCCACCGGUCAGCUUAUCAUCGCAUUUCCUCCAUCAGUCCCAGGGACACUUAAGCCAAUCAGAAAAUACUUUCCUGGGGACAUCAGCUUCUCAUGGAUCAUUAGGUUUAAAUGGAAUGAACAGCAGCAUAUGGGAGCAUUUUGCUUCAGGAAGUUUUUCACCCAGUACUUCACCUGCAUUUCUGUCAGGUCCAGGUGCUGCUGAGCUGGCCAGGUUGCGGCAAGAAUUAGAUGAAGCUAACAGCACGAUAAAACAGUGGGAAGAUUCUUGGAAACAAGCCAAACAGGCCUGCGAUGCAUGGAAAAAAGAAGCAGAGGAGGCUAAUGAUCGUGCUAGUGCGGCAACCAUAGAAUGUGAACUAGCCCGGGAGCAGAGAGAGGCCUUGGAACUGCAAGUCAAGAAACUCCAGGAGGAAAUUGAGAGGAUCCACACUGGCCAGGACCCCCAGUUCCUGCGCUCAUUCUCUGAUUUAGAGAAUCUCUCCUUGUCUACCCUCUAUAACCUCCAAAAACAGUUGCGUGCCAAUCUAGAAAGAGUUGAUAAGGCAGUGUUUCAGAUGCAGUCGGUGAAAUGCCUCAAGUGCCAGGAAGAGAACCGGGUGGUACUACCGUGCCAACACACUGUGCUGUGUGAAACGUGCGCCGAGGAGGGUGAAUGUCCCAUCUGCCAUCCCAACAGGCCACAUGCUCUCCAGUCGUGACUGUACUAGGACAUUUGGUUUAGCAUAU